GGAAACAGGCAGAGGUGGUGUGAGGGGUGUUCAGUUCCGUGCAUGGUGGUAGGUCUUCACGCUUCGACUGACAUUUUGAAACAAGCGUCGUUAACAUCUUCACGUGAAAUAAAAAUGUGGAGUAUUGAUCAAGCCCUGGGUCUCAUUAAUAUAGUGACGCUUGUCUGCCAACUUCCCUUAACUUUGCAGGCAUCAGCUGUUGAUGUGCAGUAUCCAAAGAAAGAACUAAAACUGAUUGAAGGUGACACCAUGAAACUGAAUUGUACGGUAGUGUAUCAGCCGGAAAAUUGCACAGAGCUGACAGUCAACUGGUACAGAAGAUCUGACAGUGGUGAAUGUCAAAUUCUAUCUGAGCCGGACAGACAACUCAUCUCUAUGAAUGAGACAGAACACCACAACGUGCGAAACAGAGAUGUGAUGUUUGAGAUGUGGAAUAUCUCUGCCAAAGAUGCUGGGCUAUUCCAGUGCCGGGCCUCCUGUGGCAGUUCAAACGCUAUGGGCCACCUUGUUACUCUCAUCAUCGAUCAGAGUUCAGCAGGUAGGACUCCAAAGGCAGCUAGCCGCUGUGGGACAAAUCGGGCUGACAUAGUCCUAUUGGUGGCUACAGCGGCAGCACUCUACCUGUGGCUGGAGUGUCAGAUUGUGUCUUGAAGCUGCCUGACAGAGGGCCACAACAGAAGACUCCCAUGAAACCAAACAGCACUGUAUUUCUUCAGUUAUGUUCAGGUGCAUCUUACAAAAAUAAUAAUGGAAAAGCUCUUUUUUUUUUCUGUAAUUUUGCAUCAAAGUAAAACUUUCAUAUCAUCUGGGGCUUCGGACUUGUAACCGGAGGGUUGCCGGUUCGAACCCUGACACACUCCUAACCCCUCAC